GGUCUGCUCGCCUUUCAGUGUCCACAGUUCUCCUCGUUCGGGACGAUGUUUCGUUCCUUUCCGUUCUGCUGUCUUUCGUUCAACGCCAGCUGAACUCUCAUUAACACUUCCAUCACAACGUUGAUAGAGACUUGAUCGAAGACUGAUCGAGAAACUUCUGACUUCAAACUUCGUUGAGGACUGAUCAAGACUCAGCUGGAUACUUCACCGAGCACUGAAUCCCUCAAUCGUCAACUAGAACAGAACUUUGUUGAACAUUUGCUCAACUUUCUCAGAGAAGAGGACGAGGAAAGUUCUUCCACCUCUCGCAAUUGGAUACUUUCCGUCUAAAGUCUUCAUCAUUUCUGCUUCAUUUUCAUUUGAAACGUGGAUGUCUCUGAGAACGUUUCUCCCGAGUAGCAAAGCUCAUAGCACGCGAGUAACAUUGAGUCUUGUGAUGUAAACAUUGGACCUUGAUCGUCAGGAAUUGAAAUCGACCAGUCGACCGUUUACCACGUGGUUCUCUAAUCCCAGGUGAUCUUAGAUCACUCCCCCACAAGAGGAAGUUGUUGCAUUUUGUACGAGCAGCAACCAACACGCAAGAAGAUGGAGGAGUCGCAGAGAUACGAAGAUCAUACCAUAUAUAAGACACGCUCACCCUGCAGCCUGCGAAAACUGAGAGACCUGGUGCCAGCGCGGGUGGUGCUGUACAUGCUGUCGUUCUCGGGAUUCACCGUCUCGUUCAUGAUGAGGAACGACAUAAACAUCGCCAUGGUUGCGAUGGUGAAACCGCCACCAUCCACGAUCAACGACAGCGUAAUCCAAGAGACGUCUCAGUACUGUUACGUAACACCGGAUGCCUCGUUCGCUGACAACAACACGUUGACCAGAGACGAGGAGCAAGGGGAAUUCGAAUGGAGUCCAACGAUACAGUCAGCAAUUAGCGGAUCGUUUUAUUGGUGCUACAUAUUAUCGCAAGUGGUUGGCGGGGUGCUCACCCAGUACUUUGGCACCAAGACGGUUUUCGGUGGUUCACAGCUGAUUACGGCGAUUUGCAGCUUGCUCAUGCCAUCAGCUGCGGGCCUUCACUAUGGCGCCAUGAUUGCUCUCCGUAGCAUACAGGGCAUCACUAGUGGGCUCACAUGGCCAGCAAUGUACGCCAUCGUCGGACAUUGGAUUCCUCCCGUGGAACGGUCGCGUUUCAUGUCGUCCUUCCAAGGGUUCAGCUUCGGCAUCGGGAUAACCUAUCCACUGUGCGGAUUUAUCAUCGCUCACUUCGGCUGGAGAGUGGUCUUCUACACGACAGGCAGCAUCGGCAUACUAUGGUGCCUUUUCUGGUAUUUCUACGCCUUCGAUACGCCAGCGGAGCAUCCGAGAAUAUCUCAGCAGGAGCUACGGUAUAUUCAAGGAAGCGUCGGGAAUCAAGUUCUCGGGACGAACGAGAAUCUACCAGUACCGUGGAGGUCUAUUCUCACUUCGUGGCCAGCCUGGUCGAUCGGGAUCACCACGUUUGGAAGGAUAUGGGUGCAUUACAUCUUCAUCAUCUCAGGGCCAAUGUACAUGAAGACAGUUUUGGGAUUUAGUAUUCAAGCGAACGGUGUCCUCUCAGGCUUACCGUUCAUCUGCAGCUACUUUAGCUCCGUUUUGUUCUGCUACGUGGCCGACGUCCUUGUCACGCGACAGAUCAUGUCGCUCACAAACGUUCGCAAGGUGUUUACCGCCGCCUCACAAGUAGCUCCUGGUAUUAUGUUGGUGUUGAUCGGCUACUUGGGCUGUGACAUAGUCCUCGUUUUAGUGGUGUGGUUCAUAGCUGUUACCCUUAUCACUGCUGCCUAUGCGGGGGCAAUGGCAAGCAUCGUUGAUAUCGCGCCAAAUUUCGCUGGUCCGAUACUGGCGUUCGCGCAGACAAUACACAUGACCGCGAGCUUCCUGUCCCCGGUUGUAGCUGGCCUGCUCACUCAGGAAAGCCAAGCCCUCGAUGCAUGGAGGAAAGUGUUCGGCGUGACUGCAUGCGUCGCGUGCGGCACGUACAUUGUCUAUCAGAUAUUUGGAACGGGCGAUAUCCAAGCGUGGAACUAUCCCGACCAGAAGUAUCCGCAGUCGGUGCAAGAGGAUUCUCAGCCCUUGAACGAGACGUCCCAAAAGAACGGGAAAAUCGUUAAAUCCCGAUCGAACGUUUCCGAGGAAGCGUAACGGAUGCGUGAAACGCACGAAUUGUGAUCUGUGUCAAAACAUAUACUUCUCACUUGAUCUCGAGAAGGACGAAAUAGUCGGACCUCUGUACGUGGGAUACACAUCUAUUUUUUCGUGACGUCGCUGUAUCUAUGUAAAUAAACUUGUAGUAGACGCGAGAGAGGCGACUAUAUAUGUCAGGGUAUGUACAUUGUAACUUUUGAAGAAUAGUUCUGUGAGGAUGUUGCUACAGUUUUCAUUUUCUUCUUCUGUUACGUACUUUUCGCAAAGGUGUGUCGUGGUGAAAGCACAAAUACCCGCAGCGCUAAUUACUUAUUUCAGCCAUGACCUUAAGCGAUCACUUGCUCGCUUAUGUUCUCUGUGAUGAAAACCUUUCUUACUUAUCGAGACACCUCAACCAUCGUAGUCGAAACGAGAUCGUAUGGAUACUCGAGGCCGCUGCCUCGAUCACAUUGGGUACCUUGCUAACCUAUUCGCGUAGAAGUAAGCGUGCAAUGGAGAAGUGACCUUGAGCUAUCGAUUAAUAUCGUUCGAAUCUUAGUAAACAUCUAUAGAAGGAAUGGAUCUUGUCGAAGCAUUAAACCAACAGCUCCCAAGCCAAUAGAAACACCCCUAGUUUCUUUUUAUGCUACAAUAAUUUCCGUAUUUAAGGUUCAUAUUUGUAACCAAUCACCUGAUGCUAGAAAUUAAAAUUUGAUGUUUUUCGAAGAGAAGACUGAUGGACGAUUUUUCUUAAAGUAACAAAAGCCUGAAUGUUUGGGAGCUGUUGCUUUACAUUUUUGCAUUCGUUUAAACGCAUCAGAGAUUAAGUUACAAAUCAACGACGAUGAUAUCGUGAGAUUCAUUUUUCUCGUUCCUUUUUGUUCGUCGAGAGUGAAAGCAUACACUCCAGAAGGUCCUUUUUUUUGGUAUAUUGUUCCACGUAACGUGUAAGUAAAAACAUCUCUACAAUAUUGCCGGUGUUAUUUUAUUAACCCUUUAGAUAUGCCGUGCAAAAAGAGAUGUUUGCAUAAAUUCCGUGUUAUCUGUACUUACGCCAUGUUUGCAAUGAAGUUUGCAGCUCCACAAACGUCGAAUAGGUCAUAAAAAAAGGAGAAAAGUACAAUGUACAAAAACAAAUGACAGAUAGAGAAGUUAUACUAUACUGAUUAGUGCCUUCCGUUAGGCACGGUUCUCGAUCAUUUCUACGUUUCUUUUACAAAAUAGAUCGGACACAAAAGCCUUAGGCGCAAGUAGUUUACUUAAUUAGUACUUAAUAUUUUCAUUACGUCACCGUUGAUUCGAUCAUAAUUUACUAGUCACUGCUCUGUAAAAUGCAAACAUUUACGAAAGAAAAUAUGCAGAAAGAAACGUUUCUCUCUCUCUCUCUCUCUCUCUCUUUCUCCGGAACUAUCUCUUUUCUUUUUUAGCUUGAAACUUAAUGAUUCCAUUCGUAAGGUACACAAAGUUAAGGAAUGAUCCUUGCAAGUAUUGUAAUUUUAAUUAUUUUUAUACUGGCCCCGUUUAGGUACGAUAACGAUAAGCCACGUUGUUUUCUUUGUUCGUUAUUUAUAAGCGAGUACUUUAAGUUACAUGCGAAUACUUAACAGUCUAUAAGAAACGAAUUGAUUCACACUGUAAUACUAAAUAAAAUGAAAACAAUUCAGCGCGUUAACUAUGCGCGCGCGACGGAUAAGGUUGUACACUCAGGGCAGAGCCAGACUUUUCAUCGACAAUUAUUCUACUCUGCGUUCCGUCGAUCUUGCGAACAAUUCUAUUUUUAAUUUACAAUUGUCUAUGUGUACACUUCAACGUCCUUCGUGGGCCAUGCGCCAGUCACGCGUCACUUCAGUCAUCGGUAUCAUCUCAAAGUGUAAUUCGAAAUUGCGUUACGUUGUAAUCGCGAUAAUCGUCGACUGACAGCUCGGAAGCUAUCGAUGGACCACAAGUGUUUUUCAAACUAAAUUGCACUACUUUGUAACAAAAAUUGAUCUAACGCCACGAAAUUCGUGGCGCGUAUUUAUUGAUACGAAAAUGUAUGUAAAUGAAACAAAUAUACGAUUACAUAUUAUUUCACUAAG